GCAACGUAAUCUGUAAGCACUGAUUCACGAUUUUAUACACAGAAGCCUCUUUUAUUCGUAAACCGUUUCGCAAUCUAAGUCUUCCCGCGCAGCCGCCGCCGUAACAGAACCACCCAGAGAAAACCACUGUGAUAUUAAGUUAGCCCUUCAUCAAGUAUUCACGUACGUACAGGGGGAUGGGCACCUGUGUCACACGCCCCCUACCCGACCCCCCUUCGAGAAGACGUUGACGGGUCAUUAAGGUGACACGGAUGGUCAGAAGCGCUAGGUGACUCCGUCCAUACUCAGCUGUUGUUGCAGCAUUGUGUAUACAUUCGACAUACUCUACACAGAUAGCGGCAACGCGGAACUCGCAGUCAGAGCCAGGAUUACCGAGUGGUUCGCGAGAGGAGGCAGGACUAUCUUACAGCCGUGUACAGCACAUGAGACCGUUGAGUGUUCCCCACUAUGGCGUCCAGAUGGACUUUGGUGUUUCUAGUCGUUCACUUUGCAAGUCUGUUUCUGACUGCAAUAGGUGAAACAUGCAGUUAUUCUGACCAAGUAGGGAAGAAAGGUCCACAGAAUCUGUGGAGAGGUUUUAAAGCGACUGCGACCCUCGAUGCUUGUAAGACCUUCUGUGGAACGCAGUCAGUGUGUAAAGCGGGAGAAUUCAACAGUGGAAGCUUUUCUUGCUACCUUUACUCUUCGGAACCGACACUCACUGCUGACACUCAAACGACGUUCUUUCUACGCACGUGUGUAGCAGAAACGACCACUGCAGCGGCAACUGUUACACCAACGACAUCACAUCCUACGACAGUAGCAACGUCUACGUCGACAGAAACGACCACUGCAGCGACAACUGUUAUCACAACGACAUCACAUCCUACGACAGUAGCAACGUCUACGUCGACAGCAACGACGACCGCAACGACCAUUGCGUCAUCAACUACACCAACACCCACACUUACAACCUCUACAUUCCCAGAAACGACCACUUCAACGACAACUGUUACAACGACAUCACAUCCUACGACAGUAGUAACGUCUAAGUCGACAGAAACGACCACUGCAGCGGCAACUGUUACACCAACGACAUCACAUCCUACGACAGUAGCAACGUCUACGUCGACAGAAACGACCACUGCAGCGACAACUGUUAUCACAACGACAUCACAUCCUACGACAGUAGCAACGUCUACGUCGACAGCAACGACGACCGCAACGACCAUUGCUUCAUCAACUACACCAACACCCACACUUACAACCUCUACAUUCCCAGAAACGACCACUUCAACGACAACUGUUACAACGACAUCACAUCCUACGACAGUAGUAACGUCUACGUCGACAGAAACGACCACUGCAGCGACAACUGUUAUCACAACGACAUCACAUCCUACGACAGUAGCAACAUCUACGUCGACAGCAACGACGACCGCAACGACCAUUGCUUCAUCAACUACACCAACACCCACACUUACAACCUCUACAUUCCCAGAAACGACCACUUCAACGACAACUGUUACAACGACAUCACAUCCUACAACAGUAGUAACGUCUACGUCGACAGAAACGACCACUGCAGCGACAACUGUUAUAACAACGACAUCACAUCCUAUGACAGUAGCAACGUCUUCGUCGACAGCAACGACGACCGCAGCUACCUUUGUUACAUCAACUACACCAACACCCACAACACUUACAACGUCUACAUUUCCAGACACAACGACGACGUCAGCACCAACAACCUCCCCAACAACUACCCCAACAACAAAUCCAAAAUCUUGUUUAAUGACAAAAUCAUCCCGUACGACAGAUGGUGCAGUAGAUUACAAGGUGUCGCUCGGCAAUGCUGACUCCUGCAACAGUAUCUGUCUGCACACCAAGACAUGCCGCGCCACUACAUAUACACCAGGCAACUGCACACUCCACUCCCAGACCUUAACAGCAGCUUCAGGGGACAUCGUCGACUUCGUCAGGCAAACUUGCAACGACGGUACAUUCUGCUGCAUGAGCUCCGCCACAACACAGAAGACCAAUGGUACUCCCCUUCUCUCUAUCAGCACAACUGCAUCACUAGAGGGAUGUGAAGCGAUCUGUCUUGCAGUAGCCGACUGUAAGGCCACAUACUACAGCGACGAAUCCUGCUUCUUCUAUACAACUACUCCAACGACAACAUCUGACGGACCAAUACUUUUCUCCAAGAAGACCUGUCCAGGAGACCAAACAAAUCAUGGACAACUUGCAUACGAUACUACCUGCGAAGAACGUCCAAAAAAGACUUACAGACAGACACACAUGUAUACUAGUUUCCACCACAACUACAACGUGUACGACAUGUGGGGGCCCCAACAACUCCGCAUCUACUGGUAUUAUCCAUGGCCGUAUUAUAGCGUUCCUGAUUAUGCAUAUUUCUUUGACACUGUCCUCAUGCUCGCUCUUCUGGCCGACUGACGACAUGAUGAACAGUUUCAUACAGACAUAGAAGAAAGCAUUCAGGACAAUAUGGCGAAAGGAAGAAUAAUUAAAUGUUUUAAACACGAACUUGAUGUUUGCAGUGCAUUUUCUCAGUCUUAAUAACUUACUGGCACCUAAGAUAUUAAAAUAGUCCUGAUCAAUCGUGUAUACUUUGUGUAUACAUGUGCACAGAUUGUACUGCAAAAAAUGAAUCUCUAUCACCCAUACUUUGUGUUUUCAAGCCAAAUGAUUCUUACUGUUCUUGCAUGCACAGUUUGAUGUAAUUAUUUUAAGGUUAUUUUUCGAAGUACGUGUAUAUUAUUCAUCUCUUUGUUUUAUUUCUUUUUUUCCAGAGGGUAUGGAUCGUCUAAGGUGCCACAAUUCGCUUUGCAGUGUUGCGUCCCUUAGACAUAUCAGAAACAUAAUUUCGUGGUUUCGAAGCCUAGAUUUGCCAUGAUUAUGUUUCUAGGUUUAUCAGCACCAGAACCGUCCUAGUGCAAGUGGUAAACGUCCGCAGCCAUACAGAUCUUAGUCGUUAACCACUUUGGAAAAGAAGGCAGGAAUUGCAAAUACCUUUCUUAAGUUAACUGGAACCGUUGGAAUGAGUGUUCAAUGUAUAAAGUAUAAAUGUCAUUAAGGCAUUUAGAAAAAAGGCGACGAUGAGGCUGAACACGUUUUCUCCUCAACACAAUAUCCGGAUGCAGGAACCCCCUUAUAAAACCUCUCAACUGAACAUGGGUCUAUCUAAUGAUGCUUACGUCAGUUCUAGUAUAUGUACAAGGGGCAUGCAGGCGUGCCCCGAGUUAAUGCAUCUCCAAAUUAAUACGACUGCUGACCCCUAGCCAAAAUGAAGACCCGAAACGUAUGCAGAUAUGACUAUUGCGGCAGUAAUUAUCACAAACUACUUCCAACUUGAAUAAGGUGUAUGUAUAUCCGUGAUGUUUGUUUUUGUACUUUUUUAUCUACUAUCUAUCUAAGUAUAUAUACUCUACAUACCAAAAUAUACGUUGAUAUUAUAAUGGUUGGCUGAACAGUGUGAUAUGUGUUUAUAGGGCGAAUUAGGUCCUGACAAAGGUCUGUUUUCGACCAACACAUCAACUGGCUUUAAACAAGAACGAUGGACUUCAUAUAGAUGUUAUCAUUAACCAAUCUACUUCAUGAAUCAAUUAAGAAUUUAUAAUUAAUAAUAAAACUGCAAGUGAGCACUUUAUUAUUUCUGAACGUCAAUUACUCAUUCUAUGAAAAGCAGUUCACAUGGUAAAUGCGUGCGCGUAGAGUUAUUUCCCUUGGCACGUGUUGUGUUGAAUUCGUGUUCACUCGGUUUAUUCCGUUAUCGACAUACGUCGGACAACAAUGAACGUUGUCGGUCAUUAAGAGCGUGAAAUAAAUGUUUUUUUAUUCCGAGAUAGUUAACUGGAGGACCAACUUCAAUACAUCUUUUGUUUCUUUAGUUUUCAACGACAUCUCGAAGUUCGAGACACACAGAGAGAGCGAGCGUGGAGCGUGUUCUGUAUUAAUCACCUAUACCAAUGUAUCACUUGUAAUAAAUAAUUAUUUUAAAUAUACUCAUUCUGAAAUAUGUUUCAAACACAUUAAACUUAUUCCAACUUGCGCUGUUUGAUAUAGACUGAAGUGUUUUAAAAAUAUUUCUUUUUUAAGAAUGUGUAACUCUAAUAUUAUUUUACUUCAAAUUGAAAAACCUUUUAGCCAUGCGAAUAUUUUUUGGUCAAAACAGCGCUUUCCUUGUCGGUUCACCAUAUAAGUAUAUAAACAUUCCACAUGUAAAUACAUUGUGAAUAAACAAUUUGUUCUA